AUGUACUCUCUCCCCCGACUGCACCUGUGUACUUACCUCAUCCUCUCUCCUCCGUCGCACCUGUGGACUCCUCUCCUCCAUGAACCUCUCUCGCUCCGUCGCCCUGUGGUACUCGUCUCCUUUCCCUCCGUCUGCACCUGUGUACUCUCUCCCCCCGUCCUGCACCUGUGUACUCCGUUACUCGUCGUCCCCGUCUGCACCUGUGUACUCUCUCCCCCUCUGCACUCUGUGACUCUCUCCUCCGUCUGCACCUUGGACUCCUCCGUCCUGACCCCUCAUCUCCUCCGUCUGUACAACCUGGGAGUACUCGCCUCUCCGUCUGACACCUGUGUACUCUCUCUCCCCCGACUGCACUGUAGUACUCUCCUCCCCCCCGCUGCACCUGUGUACUCUCUCACCCCGUCUGCACCUGUGUACCUCUCUCCUUCCGUCCUGCACACUGUGGACUCACUCCUCCUGACACCAUCUCUCCUCCGUCUGCACCUGUAG